CGUCGUGCGCACAACUCAUUUUCACCCACGUAAUUCAAUCCCUCAUUCCGCAAUUCGUUAAAUUUAAUAAACCGUGCACUUUGCAUUUUUGUAAAAUUCAAUUGAUUUUUUAACUGAAAUCACUAUCACUAUAAAUAAUAGAUUCGGUGUGGUGAUUGGGGUUGAAGGGACUGUGUAAUUACUGUGAAUUGGUGUUACGAAACUGCUGGAGUCCGAGUGCAAUACUGAAUGAGUCGCUUGAUUAGAAACAAAGUCAGUCGCAGCGACGACCUCGUGCGACUUGCAUUGGUGAAAGGCUCGGGACUGAAAUAGAAGUGCAUCCGAUGACAAAUGCGUCAGCAAUAAUUCAAUGACAUUAAUCAUAACGGUAGCCCGGGAAAAAUUAAGUCUCAAGGCUUAGACUUGGUGGGAAAUUAAUUAAUCAACGGCGAGCGAACGAGAUUCAUUGAUUGUGACGGGGGAAAAUUGAUUUGAGACAUGACACUGAGAGCUUACGAUGAGCUCGAACGCUAAGAAAGGGGGUAAGGAUGACAAGAAAAAUGCAUCGAGUAAGGAAGAGAGUCCGAGCGGAAAGGAGGAUCCAGGGUCAGCAUCGACUGGGAGCAAUGGCAUGCCGAGUACUGAGCCAUCACAGCCUGGAAGUAAGCCUGGCUCUGCUGGAGCAACGGCCAGAGAGGCUGCACAACGUCUCUUGGGACUGGCCAGCCGGGGCGAGUGGGCACCGGUUGACCAGUUGCUCAAGACGCUGGAGAAAGCGGUCCAGAGUGCUGGAGAUGAUGGAAACCCUGUGCCGUUGGCGGGGGUCAUGGAUCCUACGACCGGUAUGACACCGCUGAUGUACGCAGUGAAGGACAACCGCACAGCCUUUCUGGAUCGUCUGAUAGAGCUCGGAGCCGAUGUGGGGGCGAGAAAUAAUGAUAAUUACAAUGCUCUGCACAUAUCGGCUAUGUACUCCAGGGAAGAUGUGGUCAAGCUACUGCUGGCGAAGAGGGGAGUUGACCCUUAUGCCACUGGGGGUCCAAGGCAACAGACUGCUGUGCACCUCGUCGCCUCGCGACAAACGGGCACAGCUACGUCUAUUCUGCGGGCCCUCCUUGCGGCAGCCGGACGAGACAUCAGACUGAUAGUAGACGGCAGGGGAAAAAUCCCACUGCUGCUGGCGGUAGAGGCGGGUAAUCAGUCGAUGUGCCGUGAGCUGUUGGCUCAACAGGCACCUGAACAACUUCGAGCAACAACACCAGCUGGAGACACAGCCCUUCACCUAGCUGCUAGGAGACGAGACGUCGAUAUGGUCAGAAUUCUCGUUGAUUACGGCGCCUCAGUUGACAUGCAAAAUGGCGAGGGUCAGACGGCUCUGCACAUCGCCAGUGCCGAGGGUGACGAGACGCUGGUGAAAUACUUCUACGGAGUGCGUGCAUCGGCGUCAAUCACCGAUAACCAGGACCGAACGCCCAUGCACUUGGCCGCUGAGAAUGGCCACGCAACAGUGAUCGAAUUACUAGCUGAUAAGUUCAAAGCCAGUAUUUUUGAGAGAACGAAAGACGGCUCCACCCUCAUGCAUAUUGCGUCGUUGAACGGCCACUCGGAGUGCGCCACAAUGUUGUUUAAGAAGGGGGUUUACCUACAUAUGCCAAAUAAACGAGGUGCGAGGUCCAUUCACACCGCCGCCAAAUACGGACACGUGGGGAUCAUCAGUACUUUGUUGCAGCGGGGAGAAAAGGUCGACGCAAAGACGAACGACAAAUACACAGCUCUCCACAUAGCGGUGGAGAGUGCAAAGCCGGCGGUGGUGGAAACUCUGUUGGGCUACGGUGCAGACGUGCAAGUUUACGGUGGGGCGAAUAAGGAGACCCCCCUUCACAUUGCGGCGCGAGUGCCAGACGGAGACCGAUGUGCCCUAAUGCUCCUAAAAUCGGGAGCAGGUCCGAACGUAGCAACCGAAGACGGACAGACUCCUGUGCACGUGGCAGCGAGUCACGGCAACAUAACGACUCUCCUCCUGCUGCUAGAGGACGGGGGAGACCCCAUGUCCAAGUCAAAAAACGGGGAGACUCCCCUUCACCUAGCGUGCCGGAGUUGCCGGUCCGAAGUGGUCCGCAAGUUAAUUGAAUUCGUGAAAGAUAAGCAGGGCGCCAGCACAGCCACAGGUUACGUAAACAGUCUCACGAAUGAGGGUGCUUCGGCCCUCCACUACGCAGCGCAGAUAGACCCGAGGACCGUAACAGAGCCAGGAGACGACAGAGCCGUUGUGCGCGCCCUCCUGGAGGGCGGUGCUGACGUUUCCCUGGUGACGCGUCAGGGCCAGGAGUCGGCGUUUCACCACUGCGCGUCGGCGGGCAACAACGAGGUCCUCUCCGAGAUGAUAAGUUACAUGUCGGCGACGGAAGUGCAAAAAGCUCUGAACAAACAGAGCGCAGUUGGCUGGACGCCGCUGCUGAUAGCCGCUCAUCGUGGACAUCUGGAUAUAGUCGAGAAUCUCUUGGCGAAUCACGCCAGGGUAGACGUGUUCGAUCUAGAAGGUAGAUCGGCACUCCACCUGGCCGCCGAGCACGGCUACCAGAAAGUCUGCGACGCUCUGCUAGCCAGCAAGGCCUUCAUCAACUCGAAAUCCAGAGUUGGUAGGACAGCGUUGCACCUGGCGUCCAUGAACGGCAACACGGAUCUCGUAAGGUUCCUCGUGCAGGAUCACUCCGCAGUGAUUGACGUGUUGACCCUGAGGAAGCAGACACCUCUGCACCUGGCGGCCGGCUCCGGACAGCUGGAGGUCUGCAAACUACUCCUGGAACUGGGCGCCAGCAUCGACGCCACUGACGACCAGGGGCAGAAGCCAAUUCACGCCGCGGCGAUGAACAAUUACGCUGAAGUCGCACAGCUGUUCCUCCAGAGACACCCCAGCCUCGUGAUGGCUUGCACCAAGGACGGAAACACCUGCGCGCACAUCGCCGCCAUGCAGGGCAGUGUCAGAGUCAUCGAGGAGCUCAUGAAGUUCGACAGACAGGGCGUCAUUUCAGCGAGGAACAAAUUGACUGAAGCCACGCCGCUGCAACUCGCAGCCGAGGGCGGCCACGCGGAAGUUGUGAAGGCCCUCGUCAGAGCGGGCGCUUCGUGCGCCGAUGAGAACCGAGCCGGCUUCACAGCGGUUCAUCUGGCCGCGCAGAAUGGACAUGGCCAGGUCCUCGAGGUCAUGAGGUCCUCGCAGUCCCUGAGGAUAUCCAGCAAAAAACUCGGCGUCACUGCGCUUCACGUUGCCGCGUACUUCGGCCAGGCCGAUACGGUGCGAGAGCUGCUGACGCACGUACCGGGAACUGUGAAAUCAGACCCGCCAGCGGGGAAUUCCCUCGUUGGUGAACUAGGAAGUGAAUCCGGAAUGACGCCACUUCACCUGGCGGCUUAUUCCGGGAAUGAGAAUGUCGUGCGACUGCUGCUGAAUUCCGCUGGAGUUCAGGUGGAAGCGGCGACGACGGAGAACGGCUACAACCCUCUCCACCUGGCCUGCUUCGGGGGCCACAUAACCGUCGUCGGUCUGCUCCUAAGUAGAUCAGCGGAGCUGCUUCACAGCUCCGAUCGGAGCGGCAAAACUGGGUUGCACAUAGCCGCGACUCACGGCCACCACGGAAUGGUGGAGGUGCUGUUGGGUCAGGGUGCCGAGAUCAACGCCACCGACAAGAACGGCUGGACCCCGCUGCACUGCGCUGCGCGGGCCGGUCACCUCGACGUUGUCCAGCUGUUGGUGGAGAGCGGAGCCUCGCCGAAGAGCGAAACCAACUUGGGAUGCGUGCCCAUCUGGUUCGCCGCGUCCGAGGGGCACAACAACGUCCUCAAGUACCUCAUGGAGAAGGAGCACGACACUUACGCUCUUAUGGAGGACAAGAGGUUCGUCUACAGUCUGAUGGUCUGCAGCAAGAGCCACAACAACAAAUCCAUCGAGGAGUUCGUUCUGGUGUCCCCCGCGCCCGUGGACGCAGCCGCAAAGCUAUCGAACAUCUACAUGAAGCUCUCCGAGAAGGAGAAGGAGCGCGCGAAAGACCUGAUAGCAGCGGGGAAGCAGUGCGAGAGCAUGGCAACCGAACUUCUGGCCCUGGCGGCGGGUGCUGACUCAGCGGGGCGAAUUCUCACAGCGAUGGACAGACGAAACGUGGAGUUUCUCGACGUUUUGAUCGAGAACGAGCAGAAAGAAGUGAUUGCCCACACAGUGGUGCAGCGAUAUCUCCACGAACUGUGGCGCGGUAGCCUCAAUUGGAGUGCGUUUCGGUCAAUGUUACUCUGGUUCACAAUGGUCUUCUGCCCACCGGUCUGGGCUGUGUUUGCACUGCCCCUUGGACACAAGUACAACAAUAUACCGAUCGUUAAAUUCAUGUCGUACCUGACCUCACACGCGUACCUAAUGAUAUUCCUAUCCCUAGUUGCUAUUACCCCACCGUAUCCCGUCAUGAGGGAUGAUCUCAUGCCGUACAGCUACGAGUGGUGUUUACUUGUUAUGUUGUCGGGAUUAUUACUGUUCGAAUUGACUAAUCCGAGUGACAAAAGUGGCCUAGGGUGGAUUAAACUGGCAGUGCUGCUCUUCUCAAUAUGCGGUGUUGCAUUUCAUCUUGUUGCGUGGCGGUUUCUUCCGCGCACAAUCUGGCCAACGCUACUCUACCUCCGCAAUCAACUGUUUGCGCUGAGUUUUUUACUCGCUUGUGUGCAGAUACUGGAUUUUUUGUCGUUUCAUCAUCUCUUCGGACCGUGGGCCAUCAUCAUCGGGAAUCUCAUGAAGGAUCUUGCCAGGUUUCUCGCUGUACUCGCCAUCUUCGUUUUCGGAUUUUCGAUGCACUUCGUGGCGUUGAACCAGGCUUUCGUUAAUUUGGAUAAGAACCCCAGGAAAGGCGCCUUUUCAGAUAAUUUAUUGGCCAAUGAUACCGAGUGGAUGGUACCAACUCCGCUGGUACCCCAUCGUCGCUCCGGCCGCUACAAGAAAAAGAAUGAUUGUUGUGACGAUAGCGCCCGAGAUAUCAAGAUGAAUCCAUUACUUGCAUUUGAAUAUCUCUUCUUCGCUGUGUUUGGACAAACAACACACAGCGAAUUGAAGGUUGAAACUGGACAGCCCGAGUGGACAUCGGCCCUUUUUAAACUGACAUUUGGAGUUUACAUGUUGGUAUCGGUUGUUGUAUUGAUUAAUCUACUCAUUGCCAUGAUGAGCGAUACUUACCAGAGAAUUCAGGCGCAGUCGGACAUUGAGUGGAAGUAUGGAUUGAGUAAACUUAUACGGAAUAUGCACAGGACGACGACAGCUCCGUCUCCCUUGAACCUCCUGACAACUUGGAUGGUUUACUUCAUAAAAUCCUGCAAGGCGCGAUCAAUGAAGAAGAAACGCCCCUCGUUGGUUCACAUGAUGGGCCUGCAGCGCACCGGAAGGCUCUCGCCGCGAUCUAAAGUGGGGGCCAAAUGGCUGUCGAAAGUGAAAAAAGGUCAGAUACGGCCGAAGGACAGCAUCGGACACACUGGAAACGUCCACUUGAGUCCCCUAGGCAGUCAAUUAUCCUUCAACACUGCUCUCAGAAUUGAGAGUGUAGUGGACUGGGACGCAAUUAGUAAAAAAUAUUUAAUUCUAACCGGCAAUGAGCCGGAGAAAGAGCUCGAGAAGGAUGAUAAUCAGGAUGAAAUUGUUACUGAAGAGGAGAUUGCUUUUGGUAGUUCAUCCACACCUGUACCACCGUCAUCAACUCCGCCCAUUUAAUUAUUGUCAGUUUGUAGACACGAAGAUAUGA